UGCCUGCCGACUAAUUGGAUGCAAAUGUCAAAACGAAAAAAUAAAUAUAUCGCGAUAAACAAACAUUAUCAUUAUCAUUGCUACAUGUUUUACCUUCAUAAAAUCCAGUUGGAAAAAUGCCUGAAGUUCAUCCAGCACAAAGGUACUCUGGCUUUUAGUAGUUAAAAGACUUCAAUCUUCUAUGGCGUUGCAUAAAACAGAUGCAGAAUUGUUGGAUUUGAUACAUAGUGUCACCACCAAGUCAACAAGUAAACCUGACCGUUCCUUUGGAUGCAAACAUAGAACUGGAAAAGAGACAUCGAAUGAGGAAAGUCAUGAAGAAGCAGACACAGAAUUUGCUGAUAGACAAAACGUUUCAGGCAGUGAUUUUUCAACAGAGAAAAUGGAAUCUGAGCUAUCAGCAGGCCAGGCAGAUACACAGACAAAAGGUGGUAACUUGAACAUUGAUUCUGAACUGGAUGAUGGGGAAAGUGAUGAAGACAAGAGUUAUCUCUUCCUUUUGUCCAAAGAUGAACUAGUCCACAGCCUACAAGACUGCCGAACAGAAUUGGACUUGACCAACAAGAAGGUGGAAAAGCUUGAAAGACAGCUAAAGAAAUCAGAUGACUAUAACUCUGUAUUGAGAAAAAUGGUGGAGAAGUUGAGCAGUGAGAUUCACCGCAUGAAGCAUGUGCGAACAGUGCACAUGCACGUGCAGGUGGACAAGGAGGACCUCCUAAACUACACCACAGGUGGUGUGGUUGCACCAAGCUGGAGAGAGGAUGACCACUCUGCCAUUACCAUGGCCUUGGAAGGUACUAGCACGGAAAAGAAAGACAACUCACAGCUGACUAUAGAAGGGAUGUCCAUUGCGGAGAGCGUGAAGGCUGCAGCAGAGGCUGCUGUUCAACAGCAGCAGCAGACGGAGCAGGAAGCAAUGUUGGCCCAGAGCGGCUAUCAGUAUGAUGUAACCUCAGGGCUCUACUACCAUGCAGAAUCUGGAUAUUACUAUGAUCCAGCAACUUCCCUGUUCUAUGAUCCAAAAUCUUUGACCUACUACUACUAUGACUACAACCAGGGGAAAUACAUGUUCCAUUCCAAGGUGGAGACACAGCAUCCUGAUGUGUCAGCAAGAAAAACUUCAAAGAGACAGACACAGUCAGUCAAAGCCAGCAUCCCCAAGGACAGCUGUAGUACAUUGGAUGGACUGAACAGGAAACAGCGGCGUGAGGAGCUUAAGAAGCGGGAGGACAUGCUAACCAGCAGGAAGGGUAAAGGAGAGUGGCAUCACAUGAAAGAUGAAAUUGGGCAGAAAAUGCAGCAGACUGCCUUAUGUAGAGCUGUCAGGAGAAAGAGUGGGGGCCGGAAAAAAAGAAGGCACAGCGAGGACAGUAGCUCUGAAAGUAGUGUGUCUGGUGAUUCAAGGUCACGAAGUAGGUCUAUAUCAGGACGUAUGUCAAGGUCUUCAAGUAGAUCUAGGAGUAAAGAAUGUAAAACAAGUAAGGGUAAGUCAAAACACAAAAAGAAGCAUAAGCAUAGAAAGAGAAAAACUAAAAAAAGUAAGGAAAAUGAAAGUCUUAAUGAUGGCAUUGAUGAGAAAACAGUAGAGACAAUUAAUUCCAGUGAUUUUGAGUCGGACAAUGACUUGGUUAUCAAUAAAGGUGAACAAGAUCUUCAGGAACUUAAACUGGAUGAAGUAAGUCCAGACGAAAAUCACAAGAGUGAGCUCUUAAUUCAAGAAAAAGGUGCAGCUGAACUUGCAAAUGAAGAUGAUAAAGAGAGUAUUGUUCAACAAAAUGGGGAAUCAUUAGAAGACCCCCAUUUGAGUAGUGAGCAUGGGACAUCUAUGGAUAAAAAACAUAGUUCAAAAUCAAAACAUCAAAAGCGCAGACAUAAACACAAAAAGAAACGCUUAAAAAAGAAAAAUGUCUCUGAAGAAGAGAUAGAGUCCGGUGAAUGCAGUGAUAGUGACUCAGAGCUGGCCUUAUUGGACACGGUUAGUAGCGGAGAACUUAGUGAUGACAAUGUGGAAGAUGUAUGUGAGGAGUGGGCAGAGGGGGGCUGGGAUACAGAGGGGGUGGCAGUCUACAGCCAGCUUGAAGGGCCUGGUACAGAUUUCUACAUAGCUGAACCUGGGCAGACAUUUGGAACCCAUGAAAAUCCAGAGUUGGCCCAGAACUGGCCUCCCUGUAUCCGGAUGAUUGUGACAGCGUCAGAUCACCUCUCGGUGGGCUCACUCUUCAUUGUGCCUUGUACUGGUGCCAGUAUUGGCCGGGAGAAGGCUGCCAUUACUAUACCUGAUCUCAAUGUCAGCAAGCUUCAUGCAACCAUAAGCUACAACCAAGACUCCUGUGUGUAUGAAAUAGUGGACAAUGCCAGUCAGAAUGGUACUCUAGUCAAUGACCAAAGAAUUUCAGAGGCGAAGGUGCAGAGCUGUCCUGUGGUUGUCUCCCAUGGAAGCAUGGUACAAGUGGCUGGUACAAGGCUUCUUUGUCACAUACAUGCGGGUACCGUCACCUGUGAUGCCUGUGAACCAGGGGUUGUCAGGGCAGGGAACCAAAAAAAUACUGCAGACCAUAAAGUGUUGACAAAGGAACAAAGAAAACUAAAACAGAGGAGGGAAAUCAACCAGAUUAAGAAGAAAUAUGGUCUCAAGAACAGCAAGUAUGAGGACAACGCACAGGUGUUCACAAACCCACAGUAUGAGGACAAAGCCUCGGUCCGCAGACAGACAGUUGGCAGUGAUGUCCCUGGACACAAACAUGAGGCACCAGCUUCCGUUACCAGGCCGAUAACUAGCAGCAAUGUUGGUCACAAGUUGCUGUCUAAGAUGGGCUGGAAAGAGGGAGAAUCUUUAGGGAAAGAUAACUCUGGCAUCCAGGAACCUAUCAGCAUUACCAUGCGCGUACACCAGACUGCGGGUCUGGGCUCGGCAGGUGCGGGCGGGUUCAGCGUGGAUGACGCUGGUUCUGUCGACAUGAAGAAAGCAGCCCGCCGGGUCCAAGCCCAGGAGAGGUACAAGCGGAUUCAGACAGGAGAGGAUACAAAACAAUCCGAUCAUAGGACAGAAACCAGCUUGUGGUCACAGGGAGUCACUGAGUUCAACACUGGUUGAUAUUGUACACAUUGUUAUUAGUGACAUUAAAAGGGUUGUACUCCGUAUGAUGAAAUAGCGAAAAAAAAGAAGAAAAUUGUCGAAAACUGACAUAAACUUGGUAUUGAUGUGUACAAUGCAUUGAAACUUACUAACUGAAGUACCACAUAGUUUACAAUUAAUUUUUUUUUCGCAGUUUUUUCGUAUUUUUCCAUUUAAAAAGAUUACUAGGUAUGUCUACACAGCAGAAUUUGUUCCUUAUGCCUGAUUGGCUAGUCGAUGUUAUCACGUGAUAUUACCGAGUUAGGUAUAUAGCUUAAAUAUUCCAAACGUUUAGGGUAAGCCUUCGUAACACAGUGGAUACAACACUGGACUGCAAUUUUGGCGACACCGGUUCAAACCUAGUCUCUGGCUCAAUUUUUUUUACAUUUUGGUAUUUUUCUUACAAUUAUUAUACCAAAGUAAAACAUUUUAUUAAAUAAUUGUCCUGAGAUUCGUUACAGAAUUAUUAUUUUUUAGUGCCAAUCUGGUGUACAGUCCCUUUAAUGAAUACAUUUUUAGCUCGACUAUUCGAAGAUUAAGGAGAGCUAUACUACUCACCCUAGCGUCGUCGGCGUGGGCGUCACAUCUUGGUUAAGGUUUUGCAUGUAAGCACCUUUAAGUCAUUAUCUCAGUAAAUACAGCAGUUAUUGCAUUGAAACUUUGGAUAUGUAUUCCCAACUAUCUUACAUACUAAAUUAAUGAAGUUAGAUAACAAUUAUUUGAAUAUAAUGCAAGAAAUAGGCCUUUAUUAUUUGACAUAGAAGUUCUGGUUAAGGUUUUGCGUGUAAGCACACAUACGUUAAUAUCUCAGCAACUACUUGAGGUAUUGCAUUGAUACUUGAUACAAUGGUACUCAACCAUCCAACCUACUAAAUGAACCAAGUUAGAUAACUCUAGUUUGUAUUUAAUGCAAAUAAUUGCCCUUUAUUAUUUGACUUAGAAAUUCUGGUUAAGGUUUUGCACGUAACCACGUUUAAGUCAAUAUCUCAGCAAAUAUAUCAUGUAUUGCAUUGAAACAUUAGAUAUGUAUUCCCAGAUAACACUUUUUUUUAAUAUAAUGCAAAUUAUGGGCCUUUAUUAUUUGACUUUGACAUUCUGGUUAUGGUUUUGCAUGUAGGCACACAUAGGUUAAUAUCUCAGCAAUUACUUGAUGGAUUGCAUUGAGACUUUAUACAAUGGUACUCAACCAUCCAAUCUACUUAAAUAACCAAGUAAGAUAACUCCAGUUUGCAUUAAAUUAAAAUAAUGGCCCCUUUUUUAUUCGACAAAAAUUAUGGUUAAGGUUUUGCAUGUAACCACUUUUAAGUCAAUACCUCAGCAAAUACAUCAUGUAUUGCAUUGAAACUUUACACACAGGCUUCCAUCUAUUUAACCUUCUUAUUUAAUCAAGUAAGAUAACUCUAUCUUUUAUAAUAUAUAAUGUUUGCCCCUUUUUAUGUGAAAUUCUGGUUAAGGUCUUGCAUGUUAGCACACAUAGGAUAAUAUCUCAGCAACUAUUUGAUGUAUUGCAUUGAGACUUUAUACAAUGGUAUUCAACCACCCAACUUAAUUGAAUAACCAAGUUAGAUAACUGUAUUUUGCAAAUAAUGGCCCUUUAUUAUGAGACUUAGAAAUUCUCGUUAAAAUUUUGCAUGGAACCACAUUUAUGUUAAUAUCUCAGUAUUGCAUUGAAAUCUGAUCUAACAGUGAUUCAUGCAUGUUUCGCCAAAACUUUUCAAUACUUACAUCGAAAAGCGGCAGAAUAGAAUAGUCUCUGUGACAGCUCUUGUUAUAAUUUAUUUCCAGCAUAAGAGUUUGUUUUACCAUUGUGCAAUCAACAUGAUAAUGGAUAAUAGUGAAACUGGAAUUAAGACAAAUUGUGCAUGUAUUUUGCUAUUGUUAUUAAUUUAAUACUUGUUAUAAAAUUUGUACAUCGUGAUUGAAAUAAAGGCUAA